AUGAAAGAAAAUCAGACAAUGGUCACAGAGUUCAUCCUGCUGGGAUUCUGUCUUGGCCCAAGAAUUCAUGUAAUUCUUUUUGCAUUGUUCUCUGUCUGCUACAUCUUUACAUUGUUAGGGAAUGGGUUUACCCUUGGGUUAAUCUGCCUAGAGCCCAGGCUACACUCUCCUAUGUAUUUCUUCCUCUCUAAUUUGGCCACUGUUGACAUUGCCUAUGCCUGCAACACAGUGCCACAAACACUGGUAAACCUCUUGGAUGAGACCAAGCCCAUCUCCUUUGCUGGAUGCAUGAUGCAGACUUACCUAUUUUUGACAUUUGGGAGCACAGAAUGUGUCCUCCUUGUGGUGAUGUCCUAUGAUCGAUAUGUUGCCAUCUGUCACCCCCUACACUACACUGUCAUCAUGAACUGGAGAGUGUGUACCAUCUUGGCUGCUGUUUCCUGGAUAUUUAGCUUUCUCCUUGCUCUAGUCCAUUUAAUUCUCAUCCUGAAGCUGCCCUUCUGUGGACCUCAUGAAAUCAAUCACUUCUUCUGUGAAAUCCUGUCUGUCCUCAAGCUGGCCUGUGCUGACACAACACUCAAUCAAGUCGUUAUCUUUGCAGCCUGUGUGUUUGCCUUAGUGGGGCCCCUGUGCUUAGUGCUGGUCUCCUACACACGCAUCCUGGUGGCCAUCCUGAGGAUCCAGUCAGUGGAGGGACGCAGAAAGGCCUUCUCCACCUGUUCCUCCCACCUCUGUGUGGUAGGGCUCUUCUUUGGCAGUGCCAUUGUCAUGUACAUCGCCCCCAAGUCCCAGCACCCUGAAGAGCUGCAGAAGAUCCUUUUCUUGUUUUACAGUUUUUUCAACCCCAUGCUGAACCCUCUGAUCUACAGCCUGAGGAAUGCUGAAGUCAAGGGUGCCCUUAGGAGGUCACUGUGCAAUGUAAACCAUUCCCAAUUGGUGUGA